ACUUGUCACUUUUGUCAGUGGCCGGCUGAGGGAAAUUAGGAUUAUAUAUUUUUUCCCGUAACCUAAAAUCACAAAUUAUUACACAAAAUGGAAUUGAACGAAAGGAUUUUACAUUACUUAGAGAAGAGUGAUAAAGUGGACACUAUAAAGUUAGCUAGCGAGUUUGGUGAGGAUCAUCAGAAAGUAGUAGGUGCAGUAAAGAGUUUGGAAGCCUUAGAGAUGGUUAUUUCCGAGGCAGCUAAAAGUACAAAGUGGGAGCUGACCGAAGAAGGGAAGUUGGUCGCUGAUAAAGGUAGCCAUGAAGCAAUUUUAUACAAAAGCGUGCCUGAAAAUGGUAUACCACAAGCAGAGUUAAUGAAGACAUCACCAAAUGCAAAAGUUGGCUUCAGCAAAGCCAUGUCAUCAGGCUGGAUUCUAAUAGAUAAAUCUGGAGGUGCCCCAAUUGUGAAACGUAAAGUCGAUGCUGUCACAGAUAUAGUGCAAGACCACCUGAAUGAAAUAAAGAAAGGCCUAGACACACUGCCAGACAAUGUUCGGAAUGAUUACAAGAAACGUAAACUGCUCCAGGAGAUCACCAUUAAAAGCUUCCUUCUCUCUAAAGGUCCACAGUUUGCCACAAGUAUUAAAAAGUUAGAAACUGAUUUGACUAGUGAAAUGCUAUUGACUGGAUCUUGGAAGAGUUUGGAUUUCAAACCUUACAACUUUGAUGCCCUUGGUCAACCCCCUGAAUGUGGCCACCUUCAUCCCCUCCUCAAAGUGCGUUCAGAAUUCCGUGAGAUCUUCCUGGAGAUGGGUUUCACAGAGAUGCCAACCAACAAGUAUGUGGAGAGUUCAUUCUGGAAUUUCGACGCACUGUACCAGCCACAGCAGCAUCCCGCGCGGGAUGCGCAUGACACCUUCUUUGUGUCUUCACCGGCGACCUGCACUCAGUUCCCUAUGGAAUACUUGGAAAAAGUUAAGAAGGUGCAUAGUGUCGGAGGCUACGGGUCCCAGGGCUACCGUUACGACUGGAAGAUAGAGGAGGCACAGAAGAAUUUACUGCGAACCCAUACCACCGCCGUGAGCGCACGGAUGCUAUACCAUCUAGCACAGCAAAAGGAGUUCACUCCACAGAAGUACUUCAGUAUAGAUAAGGUGUUCCGCAACGAGACCCUUGACGCGACGCACUUAGCGGAGUUCCACCAGGUGGAGGGCGUGAUUGCAGCGCGCGGCCUCGGGCUGGCUGACCUGAUCGCUGUGCUGGACGCUUUCUUCCGGCGCCUCGGCUUCAACCGCCUGCAAUUCAAACCUGCUUACAACCCCUACACAGAGCCUAGCAUGGAGAUCUUUGCGUUCCAUGAGGGACUUGGCAAAUGGAUCGAAAUCGGCAAUUCCGGCGUUUUCCGGCCCGAGAUGCUUCUGCCCAUGGGUCUGCCUGAGGACGUGAAUGUGAUCGCGUGGGGGUUGUCGCUGGAGCGGCCCACCAUGAUCAAGUACGGGCUCAACAACAUCCGCGAUCUGGUCGGGCCUCGCGUCGACCUGCAGAUGGUCCACAACAAUCCUAUAUGCAGGCUUAAUAAGUGAAGUGUUCAAUUGAUGCAUUAAAUUAUUUAUAUUAAAACAAA